GCGCCGCGGGCGACGGCGACGCGCGCUGCUCUGCGGCUCCGGCUCCUACGCUGCCUGUUGCUCUCUCCACUCCGCCGCCGCUUCCCGUCGGGUGAACAGCGGAGGCAGCGCGAGGGGGUGCCAGGGCGCCCUUCCUCCCCGCCUCCUCCCUCCCCGGGCACCAGUCAACCGGGUGCUCCGAAGCGAGCCCGAGCGCGCGGCCGCGGGCCAGCCUCCCCGUGCGCCCGGACCCGCGAGCCGGGACGUGGGGCUGGCGGCCGAGCGAUGAACGCGACCUUCCUGAACCACAGCGGCCUGGAGGCGGCGGGCGGCGCGGGCGGCGGCGGCGGGCCGGCCCUGGGGAACCGCAGCCACGGGCUGGGCACGUGGCUGGGCUGCUGCCCCGGGGGCGCGCCGCUGGCGGCCGGCGACGGGGUCCCCGCAGGGCUGGCCCCCGACGAGCGCAGCCUGUGGGUGUCGCGCGUGGCGCAGAUCGCUGUGCUCUGCGUGCUGUCGCUCACCGUGGUCUUCGGCGUCUUCUUCCUGGGCUGCAACCUGCUCAUCAAGUCGGAGAGCAUGAUCAACUUUCUGGUGGAGGAGCGCCGGCCCUCCAAGGACGUGGGCGCCGCCAUCCUGGGGCUGUACUGAGCGCCGCCCCGCCGCGGCCCGCCCUCGCGAGCGGUUCUUGAAGGAAGAGAAGAAGGAAGGGCAGGACCCUCGCCCCGCUCCCGGACCUCUGCAGCCGUCUCCGGGCGGACAGCGCGGUGGGCAGCGACGCGCCUCGGGGCACCGGGUCCCGGGAUGCGGCGGGAUUGGCGGCUGCAGCGCGGGAAGGGACUUCCACGCCCGGCUUGAUCCGGAGGGGGCUUCAGCCUUGACCCUGGGGGGCGGAAGGUUGGAGGGGGAGAGUAGAGGGUGGAUGGGUGAGGGG